AUGCAACUCUCUUUGGCUCACAUCGCGGAAGAACGACAAGAGCUGGCCACUCAUCUGGAGAAGUCUAUUCCGCCCAUCGUCCGCAACGACGAUAAACUACGAGCAUCCGGAACGACGUUAAACUACUGUCCCUCAACCCUAGGGAUUGUUCGAGGCCAUUUUUGGUAUGAAAAUGGCAUCGACGUCCGCAAUGACGAUAAACUACGAAGCAUCCGAAAUGAUGUAAAACUACUGUCCCUUCGUUCUAGGGAUCUCCAAAAUGAUGGUAAACUAUUUGUCCCUUCAAGCAUAGGGAUCAGUUGUGGAUUGGCCGCCAUAUUGCCAAUCGUCCGCAAUGACAUUAAACUAUGUGCUCCUUACCGAAUAGGAGUUGUGGUUGUUGACCACGACCUUGGUCAUCAACCGUCCGAGAUGACGUUAAACUACUCGUCCCUUUUCAGUAUAGGGAUCAUCAUCAACGUCAUUCUUGACGAGAAUGACGCUGAUAACGUCCGAAAUAACGGUAAACUACCUUCAUCCUCAGAAGGAAAAGCCUAUCGUGACUCGAGGGACAUAGUCAGACGAUAG